AAGUUGCAGUUCCAAGUUAUAGGAAGGAAAUACGAGAGACACGAUUGAUGCAUCACAAAGCACUUCAACUUGUCAAAUACUUGUGUGGGGAAAUUAAAAGUAGUAAGCCAGACUAUAAAAGAGCUAUCCGGUUACUAAAACCACCGCUCCUUUUAGCUGCAGAAUUGGGGCGUUGCGAAGUGGUGGAAGAGAUUAUAAAAACAUUUCCAGAUGCAAUCUGGUUUACAAAUGAAAAGAAUCAUAGUGUAUUCCACUUGGCAGUCUUGAAGCGUCAAGAGAAGGUAUUCAAUCUCAUAUUUCAGAUAAGCGGUCACAAACAUUUGUUGUUGAUGUCCCAAGAUGUUGACGGAAAUAAUAUCUUGCACUUAGCUGGAAAAUUGGCUCCCGAAUAUCAGCUCCAUCGCAUCCCUGGUGCAGCAUUACAGAUGCAGCGUGAGUUACAGUGGUUUGAGGAAGUAGAGAAAAUUGUGAAGCCUAAUUACAGAGAGGAUAAAAAUUCUAAAGAAGAAACUCCAGCAAUGAUAUUUACUGAACAACACAAGAAACUUGUUGAAGACGGUGAGAAAUGGAUGAAAGUUACAGCAAACUCAUGCUCAAUAGCUGCGGCACUGAUUGCCACUAUAGUAUUUGCAGCAGCAAUCACUGUACCUGGUGAUUACGCGGAUAACGGCGUACCAAAAUUUUACAGAGAGGCAGCCUUCAAGAUCUUUAGCAUUUCAGAUGCACUCUCUUUAUCCUCAUCAAUUGCUGCCAUCAUAAUGUUUUUGUCCAUCCUUAUGGCACGGUAUGCAGAAUAUGAUUUUCGUUAUUCCCUACCCACAAGGUUAUUACAGGGUCUUUUAAUGUUGUACGUCUCUCUAAUUACCCUGAUGGUAGCGUUUUGUGCCAUUGUUUUUCUGGUGUUUUGUGACCAAAAGGCAAAUUGGUUAUUUGGUUUAGUGGUGGGCUCAGCCUUAGUGCCUGUGUUCAUGUACGCUGCUUCGCAGUUUCCCCUCUUACGGGAACUGUUGAUUUCCACAUAUGGCCCUGGCAGUUUCCGCAAGCAAGGCACACGAGUCCUCUACUAAGUGAUGAUAAGUUAUAAAACAUAUUGAAAUUAGUCUUUUAAGAGAGUGUGAUUAGAUAAGAAAAGAUUUGCUCUAUUAUUUUGAAUUCUACUGACAUUGCUGUAUUGCUAUCUUCAUAUGGGCUGAAAUACAUGAAACUGUUAUUAUCA